UAUUGGCACUCUUCGAUAUUUGCAGUAUCGAACGUUUAAAACCUUUAAGGAAUCAUGUAUUCUGCUCCUGCUUAAUUCGAUUUUAUCCACCUGGUAUAUUGAUUAUUCAAUGCGACGAUAUUCGGCCGUCUUUCCGGUCCUAAUAUCUGUGCUAUUUAACAUCAUUUGAAAAGAAAUUGAGUUGUUAUCAUCGCCCUCAGGAUGAAUCACAACUAAUGGAAUAUUAGUGGGGUAAUCAGUGGAUUUUUGUUAUCUUUUUCCCUGUUUGUGUUUCGCCGUCAAGGCACUCAAGAAUUGAAUGAAGACUACAGUGCAAGAUAUACUUUUUUCCGAAAUGAAGAAACGAUGUAAUGUUCCCUUCACUGUCCCUUUGUGGAUACUUCUAUUAAUGCUGGUAGGUGUUCUGCCCUCGUGUAUAUGUUUACACCAAAAUGACCUUUGGAGAAACGGAGAUGUAAUGCUUGGGGGUCUUUUCCCCAUCCAUCUAACAUACACAGAUAACAAAUGUAUACGGCUCCGUCCAGAGGCUCUUGUUCUUUCCGAAGCUAUGAGCCUAGCAGUCGAAGAAAUUAACAAUAGCCAAGACAUUCUGCCUAAUGUUACCAUAGGGUAUGUCAUUCGCGAUACGUGUGGUAGCGAACAAAUUGCAAUUAAGUCUGCUGCAGACUUUUCGUUCACGAACAGCUUGAUGUUUGAAUCCCGAUAUAAACAAGCAGUGAAUGAUUGUCGACCAUAUGUGAUGGAUUCCAACUAUACCAGUCUAUCCCCUAUUAUGUCUGUCAUCGGUGGUGAAGACUCCAGAGUUUCUAAAAACGUUGCAAGUGUAUUACAACUAAAUGAUAUCCCUCAAAUAAGCUAUGGGGCCUCAAGUGCUGAGCUGUCCAACAGUCAGUUUUCCACAUUUUUUCGCACUGUUCCAUCUGACAAUUUUCAAUCGCAUGCAAUGGUUGACAUAAUUAUGCAUUAUGAGUGGAGUUGUGUUGCAUUAAUUGGAACAGAUGAUGUCUAUGGGAGGAGUGGAGUCAAUACAUUUGUAGAAGCAGGAAAGGCAAGCAACCUUUGUAUCGCAUCCAUGGAUCUGUUCCCAGUUCAUGACUACCAAGAGAAAAUCAAAGAGAUAAUAAUAAAACUGAAAGGGAUGGUACAUGUAGACAUCAUAGUUCUUUAUAGCCUUUCUGCUCAGGCUGUUAACAUAUUUGAUGAAGCUUUGGAACAAGGUAUGACUGGCAAAACUUGGAUAGCAAGUGAUGGCUGGGCAAGAUCUCCUCUCGUCAGACAGAGCCGUUACAUCCCUAUUAUUCAAGGUACCAUUGGGCUUGAAUUCCGUGAUGUCAAGCAUGAGUUACUUGAAGACCACCUUCUCAACAUCACCAGUUCAACUCAUAAGGGCUUAUGGUGGUCACAGUUUUGGAGUGAGCUAUUCAACUGCAGUACUGGUCACGUUAAGAGUGAAAAAACCUGUAAUGGUUCUGAGAGGAUAUCAAGGGAAUUGUACCAGAACAAAUUACAUGGACCAUUAAUUGCAUAUGUCAGAGAUGCUGUCUAUGCCUCUGCACAUGCACUACACACUUUAUUGAUUUGUAACUCCACCAAGAGCUGCAAAAUGAAACUAUCCAAUCUUACUACUGAGAUGGUUGUCACAUCAUUAAGGAGUCUUUCUUUUCAAGGAUUAACAGGCUAUCUGGACUUUUCAAAGGGAGAGGUCCAAGCACAGUAUGAUGUUCUUAAUAUUCAAUUGCAUGGUAAAGAACUAAAUUCUGUGAAUGUUGGAACUUGGAAUGUAACAUCAAUUUACUUGAAUGACAAUCAAAUUCAGUGGUCUAAUGGUAAAAUACCUAGGUCCACAUGUGGUGAUGUUUGCCAACCAGGUACAUUCAAAAGCAGUACAAUCCAGUGCAUAUGGGCAUGUGUACCUUGCUCAGGGGACACAAUAACUUCUAUACCUGGCAGCAUCAAAUGUGACAAGUGCAAAGAGGGAUACAUUGCAAAUGCUAAUCAUACAGAAUGUGUUGAGGUUCCUCCUGAUUACAUAAGCCCUAGUCACCCUUGGGGUAUUGCUCUAAUGACACUUACUGUACUAUGUCUGACAGCCACCAUGACAGUAAUAGGUAUUUUUGUAUAUAACCAUAACACACCCAUUGUGACAGAGACAGGGAGGCUCCUUAAUUUUGCUUUACUGUUUGAAAUCUUGUUUUCAUAUAUAUUUAACAUACUUUUGCUGCAAAAACCAUCUGAUAGCACGUGUGUAUUCUUGGGAGUUUACUUUUACUUAGUCUACACAAGUGCUGUUUUGACAUUCAUUUUAAAAGUUUACAAUAUCCGUCGCAUUAUGGACUCGCCCAGGAAACUAAGUAUAAGACUCAACUCAAUGACUCAACCAUGCUCUGCCCCUGGGAAAAAAGCAAAGCCAAUGUGGAUGUACUAUGUUGCAAGCCUGGCUGCAUCAAUGCUCUCAGUGAUUCUUGCUGUAGUAUGGGUGGCAAUUGAUGGUGUAUAUUGUGGCAAGGUGAUCAUAUCUAGAGCCCAAGUUUACUACAGUUGUAAAUCAAUGAAUUCACCAAUUGGCCUAUUUCUUCGAAUACUCAAUGUGCUUUAUUUGGCAAUAUUGGCACUUAUAGGAACUGUGUAUGCUUAUCGCACAAAGAAUAUCCCUCAGCUUCAAAAAUUCCGUGAGGCCAAGCACCUUGCUUACAGUAUGACUGUAUUUCUGGUUACUUUAUACACAUUCUACCCUGGCUGGACCCUCAUUCAAGGCCCUGUAUUACAGGUGUUUGCCUGUUCAACAAAUCUUAUUGCUGCGUCAAGUGUCAUCAUAUGUGCAUUUGGGCCCAAGAUUCAACUAAUCUUUAGAGAACCUUUAAAGAAUGCAACUACUCAUGUGAGACCUAUUAGUGGCUCUGUGACUGAUGUUGCUUUGGGAAUGGGUGUGACCUUAUUGACUACAGCAAGAGGUCGCUCUGUGACUGUUUUGAGCUCAAGCCAAUCCACACCGCCCUCCAUUCGGAUGUCUACCAUACACUCAUGUGCAUGAUACUAUCAAAUAACAAUACAGAUACUGAUAAAUUUAUUUGAUAUGAGUCAAUUAUGUACUUUAAAAGGGAUGCACAUUUUUUCUUGGGUGAUGUCUAAUUAAUCUUCUUAGCUCAGCAAUUCUGUAGGACUUAUUUGGAGGCUAAUAAAAAGAUGACAAGGUACUCCAAA